AUGAGCAUAAAUGCCACCAAAUGUUCAUUGGUUUCUUUCACUCGCUCUGCCCAACCUCUUGUGGUAUCUGACUACGUGCUCAAUGGAACUGUACUAUCUCGAGGUACAAUCGUCCGUGAUCUGGGUGUCGUCUUCUCUGCAGAUUUUAGCCCUGAUAAGCAUAUUGAUUUUAUCUGCGGCAAAGCCCUACGAAUGCUCAACUUCAUGACCUUCAAGGAGUGGUCUUGGCAUUGUGGCCACAAUCACAUUGAACGUCUAGACAGGAUCCAGCGACGCUUCGUCCGAGCUGUCGGUGUUAGGCUGGGUCACAACUAUUUUGAUGUACCCAUUGAUCUAGUUGAGGCCUCUCAUGGACUUCUCCCUCUGUCUACUGGAAGGCAACAGGCUGAUGUUCUUUUCCUAUGGGGAGUUCUUCGUGGCACGGUCGAUUGUCCUGACCUACUCUGUCGCAUUGAUCUGCGAGCUUCAAGACUGACCCGCUCAUGUAACCUGUUUUUUAGUCGGUCGCACCCCACCAACUACAUCAUGCACGGCCCUCUUCCACGUUUGCAUCGACUGGGCAAUCAGCUGUGUCGCCAGUUCGAGUUCUUUGAUGACAGCCAAUCUGUGAUCAGAGGAGUCUUCCAGAGUCGGGUUCCCCAGUGA